UGACGGGCACGUGUAGUGGGGGGUCUCGGUGUAUGUGAUUAUGAUGGCGGCUCCUCUGGAGGUUCUGUUGAGCAGCGAUUCGGGCUCCCAGCUGUGGAACUGCACCGUAUUCGACCCGCACAGCGGCUCCAGCCUGUUAUCGUACCGCGGCGGCAACAGUGCGGCCCGUAGCCUCACGGUUCUCGGCGGGGAGUACCUGCUGUCUGCGCAGCUCGGCAAGAACUUCAUCAACGUGUGGGAGCUGCAAAGGAAGGAUCAACUGCAGCAGAAGAUCGUGUGUCCAGGUGUGGUCACCUGUCUGUCUGCCUCACCUAAUGGACUCUUCCUUGCUGCUGGAGUUUCUGAGGCUGUUUACCUGUGGGAGGUGUGCACAGGUAAGCUGCUGUCUGUCCUCAGUCGUCACUAUCAGGAUGUCACCUGUCUGAAGUUCACAGAUGAUAGCAGCCAUUUUGUUUCUGGAGGAAAAGACAACCUGGCUCUGGUGUGGAGUCUGUCCAGUGUCGCCCAGCUGGAUAUAAGCCACGCCCCCGAGCCUCGCCACAUCCUGUCUCGUCACUCUCUGCCAAUCACAGACCUGCACUGUGGCCUAAUGGGAGCUCAGGCUCGAGUUGCCACCGCCUCCUUAGACCAGACGGUGAAGGUGUGGGAGCUGUCCUCAGGUGAGCUGCUCCUGUCAGUCCUCUUUGAUGUGGAGAUCAUGUCUGUGACCUUUGACCCUGCUGAGUACUUCCUGUUCUGUGGAGGAAGUGAUGGAAGCAUUUUCCAGGUGUCUCUAUGUAGCCAGAGUCUCAGUCGGGAAAAGUCGUUCCAGUCGGACAGUGAAGGAAACCAGGUGUUCAAAGGUCACAGGAACCUGGUGACAUGUCUCUCAGUAUCAAUGGAUGGGACUCUUCUCCUGUCAGGCUCACAUGAUGAGACGGUUCGACUGUGGGACAUUCAGAGCAAACAGAGCAUCCGCUGCCUCGCACACAAAGGUCCAGUGACGAAUGCCAUCAUCAUGCUGGCUCCUGCUAACAUGUUCCUGCCCGACAGUCGGCCCGCCGUCCCUCUGCCACGCUUCAGCCGACAUUUACACACCUCCGAGGGUGACGGUGGCGAGUCUGGGGAUGUGUGUGUCCGCCUCAGGCUCCACACACAG